UUAGUACGGCGUCGGAAAUCAGUCGCGUUUACAUAAUUUCCGUUCGAGUUAAGAAAAGUUUCAACGAUCCAUUUUCCAAAGGCGCGCACACUUUAACGACGCUUCGAUAAGGACGCGCUGAUAGAAGAAUUUCGUAACGAGCGUUUAAAGACCCAAGGUAUAAAAGCACGCUUCCACGUCGUGGAACGCUACGAUUCUCUUAAGCGUGUAACCCAACAUGAGCCGACUUUUUCUCCUCGCGUUGUUAAUAUGCGCCGUUUCGGCCGCGUAUCAUCCAUGUAUCAUAAAGGAUAAGGAAAAAUCGGAUAUUCGGGUGAUCGAUAUAGACGAUUUCAGCACAGACGAUUCCAGCUCCGGGGAAUCGGAUAUUCUGACUUUACAUCUCCCGGACAAAGGGAAAAAAGAAAAGGGUAGUCAAAAAGGAAAAGGUUCCUGCAAAAGAGAUGAAGAUUGCGAUUCAAAUUCAAUCUGUUUAGCAAAUAUUAUCUGCGUAAAGGGAACACGGCGAAAUUUAGAUUCUCUGGAAGCGAGCACUAAUCAAUUAAAAUCUGGACGAUGCAAUAAGGGUCAACAAUGUCCUCACGUUUCCGUACAUGACGACAGCUAUGCCGAUAAAAUUUUUAUAGAGUAACCUCGCCCUCGCGAACAAUAAACGCAUUUGCA